CAAUUACUCAUUGUUUUUCCCAAAACGACAAAUCAAAUGAAACGUCACUCAGAAUAGGAAUACCUAAAUAUUGAAGUAUACACUGCGUCUUUCCUGCUCGUGCCUAUUGUAAAAUUGUGUUCUGUACUUUAACAAUUGUCAAGUGUUUCCUUCCUUCCUUCUAUUUCGUUUUGAGGGCGAGGCUUUGUUGUAUUUUCUUUAAAGAAAAUUAAGUUUUGAAGGUAACUAGGUAUCUAUAAGGAAGUCAGUGUAAAGUAAAGUGUAUCUUGCGCCAUAUUAACAAAGCAAACAUGUCGCUGUAUCCCUCGCUGGAAGACAUGAAGGUGGACACCAUGAUCCGAGCUCAAAUGGCUCAACACCAAGCACCACCUCCGUACAACUCGUCUUACCCGUCAAUAGCUGGUCCAGCUGCAACCGCGCCCGCAGCUACCAGCGCUGCUGCCGCUGCUAGACAUAUGUACCCUGCGCUCGGAGACUAUAUGGGGUUGGAGCUAUCACAGGAUGUUAUUGCUCUCAAUAUGCCAGAAUAUCAGAUACAAACCGUACAACCUUCUGGUGCAGUUAGUAUGAUAGCACCCAUCUCUUCUCAGUCCCCAAGUCUACUAAAAGCAACUGUCACCAAUGGGAUCAGGCAAAUCAUACUUUGCAAAGAUAGGGAUGGAAAGUGUGGUCUGAGGCUUCACUCAGUCAAUAAUGGAGUGUUUGUGUGCUAUGUUGCGGCGGGAAGCCCUGCAGCAUUGGCUGGACUGAGAUUUGGAGACCAAAUCUUGGAGAUCAACAAUGUUACAAUGGCUGGAAUGACCAUGGACCAGUGCCAUGCAAUCUUGAAGAAAGCGCCUACUAAUGGAAUCUCUAUGGCUGUUCGUGAUAGGCCUUUCGAGAGGACUGUUACUCUGCACAAAGACUCCCUUGGACAUGUUGGAUUCCAAUUCAAAGAUGGCAACAUUUGUGGAUUGGUAAAAGAUUCAUCUGCAGCAAGGAAUGGUUUGCUGACCGACCAUCAAAUACUGGAAAUAAACACAAUCAAUGUAGUGGGCAUGAAAGAUAAGGAGAUAUCGAAGGUGAUUGAUGGCAGCCCAUCUGUCGUAAACAUAACCAUUAUUCCACAAUAUAUUUACAAACAUAUGAUAAGCAAGAUGUCGAGCUCACUGUUCAAAGAACUGGACCGCACACCUGCUGUGUAAAAUGGUUGGUUUUCAGAUGAUAAUAAGAUUUAUCACUUUUGAAGUCAAAUUAUUGAAAUUGUAUUUUCACAAAUGCACGAAUUUAUAUAGUUUUAUAACAACACAGCACUAAAUAUUUAUCAUUUAGAAGUUUUCUAUGGUCAAUUGAUUUAUAAAAUUACCUUUUCUAUGUAAUAAUAACUUUUCAAUUUAUGAAUAUACUAGUUGACCUCAUCUAUAUAGGAAGUCCUGACCCUUGGAAUUUUAUACAAAGUUGCCAUUUUCCCUCCCAAUUUCAAAUUUCAUUUUUAAAUUCUCAAUAAAGUAUAAAAUUUCAAUAUUCUAUAUAAAAAUUAUAAUAUAAUAGCACAGAAUAAAGAAUGAUACAGAAUGAGUCUAUACAAGCAGCGCGGUGAGGCCGGUGAAAUCUGUAAAAAAACAAACGUCACACUUCUCCUUAACAUCUGCAUUUAUACAAACUUUUUUCAUAAUUUGUAUUUCAAUAUUUAACACUAAUAACAAUCACGUAAAUUAUACAUAUCAAUUAUCAUAAUAAACUAAUAAAUCAAUAAUUAAUACCUAUAAAAAUACCCCAUCUUAUUUUUUAGUUUUUGUGAAGUUUUUAAAAUAUUUAAAAACAUAAGACAAUAUUUUUCUUGAAUAAUAUUGAAAAUUACUGAUGCGACGCUCCGUGUCGUACUGACUCGUUUUAGAAUUUGUAUUUGGAAUGCCUGCAUCCCUGCCGUGUUCCGUACGCUCUAUCUGCCUAUUAUUCUUUAAUCUGUGUAUAAUAGUUAUAUUACAUUAUUAUAAUAUGUUUAUGAAACAGUCCACAUUCAAGUUGGUAUGAAAAAUACAUAGGUACAACUUGUAAUAGUCUAUCAGUAUGUUCAAAUAUGUAUUAAUUUUAAAUAGUUAUCAGUAAGGCUGUGAAGAUACAAUUUUUGUUCGUUUUUAUUUUCAAAAUUAUAUUUCGUUUGGACCUUGUAGUGAUAUCUUAUUUAUAUUAUGUGUACUUUUCUUGACAAUUUGGUGCUAAUUUUGUUGUGCUAAUCCCAUAAAAUACUGGCAAACAUAUGCCAGUACACAUUUUUCAUAAUGUUACCUGGAAAAAAAAAUUCAAGCCAGUUGGAUUUAUGGACAACUUAGCACCAGCUUCGACUUUUUGUACUGUUUUAAUGACUGCUAUUAGAAACUGAUGUUUUCUAAAGUUGCCAAAACUUCCUGUUGUAUUGCGAUUAAUGAUCAACGAAAAUACCGAAUUAUUUUAGUUUCCUUUUAUUAAUCAUGAGAUUCCAAAUAUGCCAAAUUUAUUGUUGCUUUUAAGUUAUAUACGUUAGAAUAGUGCAUUUAAAAUCUUGAAACAAAAAACAACAUGUUAAAAUCAGCCAAAGUUUAUACUUUAAAAUGUUUUGAUAUAAAUGGACUUUUUAAACAAUGGCAUUAAAUUUGUUCAAAUUUCAUAUAAAAUUUUGUCUUCUAAAUUAGAUGCCUUCUAAUAUAUGGAUAACAUAUUAGUUUGGGGAUUUAGUUUAGUACAGCCUAAGAAUGUUAAACGUCACAUUACAUAAAAUGUUACAUUCCGCGUAUAAUACCAUACCUAGUUUAACGUUCAUAAGCUAAAGUGUUGUUUAAAGAUUCCUAGCAUCUACAUAUUUACGUUUCAUUUACUUAACGAUUUAUUUGGAAUUCAGUCCAUGAUCUAAUAUUUUUUUUUAUCGUCAAUAUGAACAAUUUUUUUUACAUUGUAAUUUAUUUCUGCCUCAUCUUAUAUAAUUCAGUGUCUUUAAUUGACUUAUCUAUCGGUUUAUUGCUUAGCUUGCUUAAUUAGUCUAGAAUGGACAAGACAAUUAUGCUAAUUGAAUUACAGAUAGAUAUGAUAUUGAAGUCUACAUUUAGAGCUUUAAGAGAUUAUAUUCUAUACAGGGUGAUUCGGUCUUUAGUGCGGAUAUUUUUUUUCGUGGUUCUGUAUCAUUAAUAGAAUAUAAAUCUACAAACAGUUCGAUACAUUUUAUGUAAUUUUUUUUUUAAUUUAUGUCUCUAAAAUAACAAAAUAAUGUACAUAUUAUUACUAAACAAGAUAUAUUCAGCUUAAAAGUGAUCUGGUGACGUCCUUUAGGUAUCAAACGAAAAUAAAAUAAACGCACAAGGGUGACCCUAAAAUUCUGUUCAAAAGUAAAUAACUUUAGCUAACGAUAAUUUUGUUAUUUUUGAGUUAAAAAAAAAAGAAAAAAUACGUGAUCAUUAAAUUUUGUUUAUGUACAAAAUAUAAAAAUAUCCGCACUAAAAAAAUUUUCUUCCUGUAUAAGUAAUUUAGCACAGAUAUGCCAUUUAUAUUAUAGUAACGCUAUACUUUAGAGAAACGUUUUUUGUAAGUUUUAUUUAAGUAUGAUUCAUAGCAAACAAUCACAUUAUAUUGUAAUAUUUAGAAGUUUUCUGUGUCCAUAAAAUUCAAUAUAAAAUAUUAAAUAGAUUUAUGAAAUAUAUGAAAGUGGUCAAAUUAAAAUUAAUACCUAAUGAAAUAAUUGCCAAUAUUCGAGCUGAAGGGAAGUUGUUGAUUAAUGUGCUCGUUUGUAUUCGCUUGUUGGCCGCCACAGACAGUCGCUAGAAAGUGCUUUCUGAGGUGGUUAUAUAAUUAUAGUUAUGCCAUGAUAAGAUUUUUAUAUUAAUGGAAAAAUAAAUUUUUAUUACAAUUUG